AUGAGGUGGGUGAUUUUAGUGAGAUUAGGGAAAGAGGAAGAAGAAGAAGAGGGAGAAGGAGUAAUUUCAUGCGCCAUUGUAGGAGUAAUUUCAGAGAUGACAAGCCACCCUUUGUGGGGAUGUCUUUUUUGGAAGACAACGAUUGAAGUUGGUGGUAAUAAUAGUAAUAUCGAAAUGUUGCUCUCGUUCGACCUCCACAACGAGAAGAUUCAUUUCAUUCGACUGCCAACUGAAUGUUCAUCUGUAUGUAUUAAAGGACAAGGUCAAGCAAAUAUGGAUCAAGGAGGAAACUUGGAUAUCCAGAUUAAGGAUCUGGAAGGUUUACCUCCAGGUCCCUUAUGUUGUUACUUUGGCACCACUACUGCUGCUACUACCCCUUCUACACGGCUGCACGCUCAAGCAGAGAACAUUGUUUCUCUGAGAACUUUCAUUCCUGAAGGAGAAAUUUUUAUGGAACUGAAUUUGAGGAAGUGCGAAAGUUUAACCAUCGAUGAUGAAGAGCUGAACAACAAGGAAAGACUAAUUGUAACAAAAAGGACAAAGAAUGAUGAAUUUGAGGAACACGAAAAGGUUGUUCUAGAAAUCGAUGAAGAAGAGCAGGUCGAAAUAGUAAUCUUAAUAAAAAAAAGAAAAGAGCAGAUUGAUAAGGAAAGAAAAGUAAUCGUAAAAAUAACAGACGAAAUUGAUGAUGAAGAAGAGCAAACCGAUAAGGAAAGAAGAGUCAUUGUAAGAAAAAGAAAGGAAAUUGAUGACGGUGAAGAAGAAGAAGAGCAGAACAACAAUGAAAGACCUUUGGGUAAAAAAAGAAGAGAAAUUGAUGAAGAAGAAGAGCAAAAGGACGAGAAAAGAGCAGUAGAUGAUGAUCAUCCUCCUCCAUGUCAAUAUCUUCCCGAGGAUUUGAUACUAGAAAGCAUUCUGACGAGAUUACCAGCUCGGACACUAGCAAUAUGCAGUUGCGUCUGCUAG